AUGCUUCAGGAAAAAGAAGGUCAAAAACGGUACAGCAAUGGCGAAGUUAUCCCUGGGAUUAAAGACGAGGCUGGCGAGCUUUCAAUGAGAAAAAACGCUGAGGAAGAACAUCCCGAUUCUGGCUCUCAAUUGUCCAAAGCAGCGGCGAAUAACGCACAAAACGUUGACAAGAACGGCGAUGAAAUAAGGUCUUCUUCGGCUCCCUUAGACGAUCAAGACCCUCUAUUUAAGGGAGAGAAUAUCAAUCAGUCUGACUUUGAGGCUAGCGUGAAGAAUUUGACGUUUAUGGGUGUUCCAAAUUCUUCGGUGUUUGAGGGCCGGACCGCGUCGUCAGACGGGACCCACAAUGAUCCUCACGCCAACGCUAUUAAUGGCCAUACAACGGAUGGAAGUAAUGGACCCAAACGACCUAACAUUAGUGCUAUUAAUGAUCACAGCCGCAGUCAUAGUGUAAGCAAUGUUAACAGCAGUAGCAAUAAUAGUAGAGGGUUCAGUAUGUCUUACCAGGACCGGUUCUGGAAGAAAGAGAUUGGUCAGGUUUUUAGGAGGUUUUCUAAGAUUACAACUACAACGAACAACAAAGGCCAUGAGCAGCAACAGACUCAGAAUGAAGACGGCGCUAAGGUUGACCAGGUUUUGAACGAGCACGAUGCUUACGUACAGAGCAUGGCAUCAGACUUUAUAGAUACAAUGCUAGCAGGCGCGCCAGCAGCUCUUCUUGCAGGAUCCAUAUUUUUGAAAGAUGACAAUGGUGUAACGAGGGCGCCAUUACUUUUAACGAUGCUCUCGAUUAGAAUUAGCCCAAUGCAAAACUCUACCCAUCUACACCUUGACAUAAAAAGAAGAUCAUCUAUCACAUCUUCUGUCCAUUCGGAUGAACCAAUGCAGGGCGGUGGACAUCAUUCCAUUCUCGGUCAAAAUUUGCAUUCCAGAUAUAAGCUAGACUUAGAAUAUGGCCUUGGAGAAAACAGAUUGAAAUGGUCAAUUAUUCGUUCUUACAAAGAUAUCGCAUCUCUUCACAAUCGUUUAAAAUUGAUUUCGUUUCAACAGAAUACUGUGAACAAGUUGUAUAUUGAUAACAAUAGAUAUAGUGAGUUGCAUUUACCCCAUUUUCCAAGGUUUGAUGAUGUGUUCAAGAGGAAAAAAACAGACUCACCCGAAAGGAAGACGAAGAAGAACACAGGUUCGGUAUACACCCCUGCAAACGAGAAUUUUACUCCUAGAUCCUCCACGCAACUCUCUACCCACAGAUAUCAGUCGAAACACUUACAAUCAUUGAUCGAAGAGCAGGAUGACAGAAAUAAACCCAUGCAUUUAAGAAUAGAAAGGUACUUGAAGCUACUAAAUGUCGUGCUAUCGCUAAGACCACAAGCCAAUAGACUAUUUCAAUUUUAUGAAAUGUCUCCAAUUGGUACUCUAUUAAGUUACGAAAACGGAUAUCAUGGAAAACAAGGAUACAUGGUUGUCAGAUCCACAGCUAAAGCUCAAGGAUGGCGUGUAUCCCAUUUCAAAUUCAACGAUUUCAAAGCUAUGAUCGAAAGACAUACCACUAAAUGGUUCCUGAUAAGGCAUUCUUAUAUUACUUAUGUGAGUGAUAUUUAUUCAACAACUCCGUUGGAUGUAUUUUUGGUGGACCCGGAAUUUAAAAUAUCGUGCUCCGGAUACUCUAUGAAAGAUAUAGAGGACUCUUUCGAGAACCCUUCUUAUCAUGAGAAUGUAAAGAACAAAAUCUCUACAAAAUUGCUGAUAACUGUCGAAAACCGAGAACGUAAAAUGCAAAUGAUUGUUAAAUCAGAGUAUAUCAUGAAACAAUGGGUAAGGUCGAUAUAUGAAAUGUCAAAAUCCACUGUAUGGUCCCAAAAGCAUAGAUUCGAUAGUUUUGCGCCAGUUAGAAAAAAUGCCCUUUGUAAAUUUCUAGUUGAUGGCCGUGACUAUUUCUGGUCAUUAAGUGAAGCUUUGAGAAUGGCGAAAGAUGUAAUCUUCAUUCAUGAUUGGUGGCUCUCUCCAGAACUAUACAUGCGUAGACCUGUAAGAGGAAAUCAGAUUCAUCGUAUCGAUCGUAUCUUGAAAGAAAAGGCAGAACAAAAUGUCAAGAUAUUCAUAGUCGUCUACAGAAAUGUUGGGUCUACUGUUGGUACAGAUUCCCUCUGGACAAAGCAUUCUUUAUUGAGCUUACACAACAAUAUUCAUGUUAUUAGGUCCCCUAACCAAUGGCUUCAAAAUACCUAUUUCUGGGCUCACCAUGAAAAAUUUGUUGUCAUCGACAAUACGGUGGCCUUCAUUGGAGGCAUUGAUUUGUGCUACGGUCGGUAUGACACUCCAGAUCACAGUUUGCAUGACGAGGAAACAGAGUUGGAAAACCAAAUAUUUCCAGGAAAGGAUUAUUCUAAUGCCCGGGUUUGUGAUUUCUAUGAUCUUGAUAAACCUUUUGAAUCUAUGUAUGACAGAUCUAUUGUUCCUAGAAUGCCAUGGCACGAUGUACAAAUGAUGACUGUAGGUGAAGCGGCCAGAGAUUUGUCAAGACAUUUUGUUCAGAGAUGGAACUAUCUUUUAAGACAGAAGCGCCCUAGCAGACCUACCCCUUUAUUGACACCUGCGUCAGAUCUAACAGAGGAAGAAUUAAAUAACUCUGCAUUCUUCCAGGAUUUAAAACCACACUCUACCUGUGAAAUUCAAGUAGUCAGAAGCGCAGGAAAUUGGUCUUUAGGAUUGAAGAAAACAGAACACUCCAUCCAGAAUGCAUAUUUGAAGCUAAUCGAGACAUCUGAUCACUAUGUUUAUAUUGAGAAUCAAUUUUUUGUUACAAGCUCAAGCUGGGAUGGUGUGGUAAUUGAGAAUAAAAUAGGUGAUGCUCUAGUGGAUAGAAUUGUAAAAGCUAAUAGUGAAGGAAAAGCAUGGAAAGCUUUUAUAGUUAUUCCUUUAAUGCCGGGCUUCAAUGCAGAAGUAGAUGAAGCAGAAGGUUCCAGUGUUAGAGUCAUUAUGCAAUGCCAGUAUCAAUCAAUAUCCAGAGGAGAGACAUCAAUAUUUGCCAAAUUAAAGAAAUUGAAUAUUGAUCCUUUACAAUAUAUUCAGUUCUUUUCCCUAAGAAAAUGGUCGACUAUAGGUGUAGACAAAAAAUUAGUCACUGAGCAACUAUACGUUCAUGCUAAAGUGAUGAUAGUGGAUGAUAGAAGUUGUAUUAUAGGAAGUGCUAACAUUAACGAAAGAUCUAUGUUAGGAAAUCGUGAUAGUGAGGUUGCAGUUGUGGUAAGAGAUACAGAAUUGAUAAAAUCAAAGAUGAAUGGUGAGGAAUAUUUAGCCGGAAGAUUCCCAUGGGAGUUGAGACAAAGACUUAUGAGAGAGCAUUUGGGAUGUGAUGUGGACAUGGUUGAACUCAUUGAAAGAAAGUUUGAAAAGCUAAGACUUACUGCAAAGCAAAAUUAUGAAACGUUGCAUACUGUUUCAGAAGAAACUAAUACAAACAUCACAGAGGCCAACAUGAUAGAGAGUUCAAUGGUCGAACUCGCAUAUAGAGAAAUAUUGAAUGAGAAAUGUAGCAGAUUAUGGGAAAAGAAGCAUGGUUCCAGCACUGAGAAUUAUGGUGUAAUCAAUCCACUUGAGAAUUCUAAAGAUUCAGAUGAUUCUAGCGAAGAGUCAAUGCAAGGUAAUAAGCCUGCUCCAUUACCUGAGCACAAAGGUAACAAAUACCUUCAUAUUGACGGAAAAGCUGCCUAUCAUUCGUUCAACUAUAGAGCUGGAGAAGCAAAUAUGGGCAUUAGGGAUAAAAAAAAUAUUAGUUCUGAUGCUCGGUUAACAAAUAAUUCCUUACAUGCUCGUGAUGUGGAUGGUCAUGGCCCUGACAAUUGGAAGAACACGAAUAGCCACCCUGUAAUGUACAAUGAUGUAACAAAACAGCUAAAGGCUUGGGCAGAAGAAGUACUCAACAAGAAUUUGGAUGAAAACGAAAACGAGAAGCUGUCCACAAUCUUGCCUGAUAAAACAAACGUGAAAGCAUAUUUGGAUAAUCCCAAUAUAUUGAACGUGAAUAAAUGGAAUAUGUUGAAGCGAAUUUGCUAUUUACAAUACCUCUCUUUCAAAAAGGAAAAGGAUUUGUAUGAGGUUCAGAAAAAUGGUGAAGUAACUAUUGCAAAACAAAAGAGUCUCCCCUCUCAAGUCGCUAAUCUUGAAAAUGAGCAACUUGAUGAUCAGAUGGUCGAAGGAAUGUUACAACAAUUGUUACCACCUAUUGGUAAACAAAAUUCAAGCAUAUCAUCUGUACAGUACAUCGACCCAUACCAAUUUGACGAUCCACUACAUCCGUCGUUCUCUCAAGACUUGUGGUUCACAAUAGCAUUACGGAACACGAUUAUCUUUAGAAUGGUUUUCCAUUGCCAGCCUGACAACUCCGUCCAGACCUGGAGGGAGUACAAAGAAUUCCAAACAUUCUACAAGGAAUUUGACAUGUAUCAAGAUAAGGCCAUACUUUCGGAGAGAAAAGAGAAGGGCCAAGAACCGCCAAAAAUCGUGGAAGAUCGUAGCGCAAUGAACACAUUAGAUAACGUGCCCGAUGAUGAUAUAUCUAUUGCAACAACUAUAGAAAAGGGACGGACUUUAGGUGAGGUAUCUGCCGGUGCCCUAGGAGCCAGUGGAGAUGAAGGCGAAUGUGAUCAAAUAGACGCCCUUGCAGCGACGCCUGAAGCGGUACCCUCUCAAUCUGAACGAGCCGGUAAUCCAUCAUCACAUCCACAGACACCACCGGAGAACACUUUCAGAAUGAAAAUGAACAACCAGCUACUCUACGGUACCAAAGACAGGAUGUUUGACCGUCGUACUGCCAGAAAACUAUUAGAGCGUAUACACGGUCACUUAGUUGUCUUCCCAGUCGACUGGCUCUGCAAAGAAGUAGAGUCCAACAACUGGUUCUACAAUGUAGAUCGUCUACCACCUAUCGAUAUUUACGACUGA